AUGCACUCAAGUCCCCGCUCUAUUUUCUCGACUUUAUCCACCACGGACUAUUAUAAUGGCCACAAGUCCUGCUGGAAAAGAAAAACUCGAUUUAAAAAGCUUAACUCUAGAGCAUCAGGAAUUUUUGACGUUUUCAAACGUCACAGAAAGAAUUAUCCCAAAGACCCGAUUAUUUUAUCACCAAAUUCUUCCAACUUUUCCGAAGAUUCAUAUUCCAAAUCCAACAAAGACUCUUCUUCAAACAAUGAAUUGUGCGAUUCGGAUUCAGUGUCAAACCAAAAUCCCGUCAAUAUUCACCAGAAUAUUCAAUUUUGCUCAGAACUCAUAGAUCAGUUAUUUUUUGAUAGUGAUGAUGAGGAUUUGAACAUUUAUGAUUUCGAGCCAAUAGCGGAUCUCUUGGAAGAUUCCGAUAACUCUUCCAACCCAUUUGCUUUCUUUUCUCCGGCUAUUUCAAAAGGGAAGCUUCGCUCAAGUCAACGAAAAAUUAGAGAACAAGGCUGGCUUAGCUUAGGGUAUAAAAAAAAAGAAAAUAAUACAUCGCCAAUCUCAAUCUCAAACUAUAUUACAAGCACUAGACGCAAUGCGUUCAGUAAUGAAAGAGAGCCGAAAAGAGUAUUAGAAAGAUCAUGGAGAAGAAAAUUCGCACAAGAUUCGAGAAUACUUCAUUCUUUAAAAAGCUCUUUAAAUGAGGGUAAAGAGAACCCUCAUAGAAAAAAAACAAAUAACGAAAAUCUUCCAAUUCAUUGCGAGAAUGAUAUGGAACAAUCUGAAGAUAAAAAAUAUAGCUGCUACGAGACCUUCAAAAGUGUGCCUCAAAAAAUAGAUAAAAUUGUUCUAUUAGGAACUAAAAGCUCAGAUAUUGUCACUGAAGAGUUUGGAAUUAAGCCAGAAUCUGAUAUUUUUUCUGAAAUAACUCGGGUAGGAUCUACAUUUACCAAUUUUUCUUCCGUGAAUGAGUCUUCGAUAAAUGAUCCAGACGUUGUAAUGAAAUUCUGUGACAAAAUGGCUGGUAGUAAUAUUUCAGAUCAAGAAUGUAAUUCCAAGAUGAGCAAAAGCAGUAACUUCCAUCAGUUUUUGAAAAAUGAUGAAGAUUUAGACUCUAUUUUAUCAGUAGCCAGUGAAGGAACGGCAGCAUCAAGCAUUCCGUUAACUUUUUUUGAAGAUACUAUCGAUGAUAGUUCAAUUUCAAGUGAGAAAAAUAAGUCAGAAGGAAGUCCUUAUUCAAAUUCCAAGGUCUUUGAUUUGAUGAAAAGCGUUUUGGGCAAAAUCAAUUUAUCGGCAACAAGUACGAGUCCAAGUCCUCCAAAUCAAGGCAUUAAUGAGAUUUCAAUGAUCGUUGAUGUUCCAACGUUUAGAAAUUGUAAUGACGACAUUCGGAAUAUUGCUGAUAAUUUGAAUGAGGGAACUAUCAGACAUGAAGAUAUAGACACGGUUUUUGGGACAGCAAACAAUUUCAGUUCAAGUGCUCAGUCAACCAGUUCAAUUUCACAAAUUGAUAUUUUGUUACAAGAAUCUGUUUUCUUUGGUCAGAAGAAAAAAGUCAAGAAGAGCACUUCCAUUCAAUUCAAUAAUACUUCCCAAUUGUUAAUUUAUGAUGAAGAUGAAUAUGAAGAUAUGACAAAAAGUAUUAGAAAGAGAAAUACAAAGACUUCAUCCUCGUCAUCUUUAAAUUUGAAAUCCGGCUCGACGUUAAUCAUGAACCACGAAAAACCAGUAACUACAAUAUUAAAAAAUAAAAAGAAUGUUAAUAAAGAAAGAGAAAAAAGCAGGGCAAUGGAUUGCGAUGAUAUUAGUGUUGAACAUUUUUUUAUGUGUUUUGAAGAACAUGAGAAGCUGAGAUUAAGCAAUGAAUCAAAAUUAAGUGAUGAGAGGAAAAGACAAAUUUACAAGUACUUUCAAGAUUUCAAAGAGAGAAAGAAUAUAUAA